AUGCCCAGCGCCUCCACAAUAUCGGGGUAUACCUACGAAAACUGGGGCCCAGUAACAACAACCUUCACACCACCAGCCAGCUGCGCCACAGCCUCCAACAAGAUCGAAGUCGGCCCCAGUGAUUCAUCUCGACCUAUCUUCCGAUACGGCCUUCAAUGCGAAACUGUCGGAGGCUGGGAAUGUUAUCCAUCCGCUACGAUCGAAACGACUACAACACCCGAUACGAAUCCUACCCAGUUCUUCAAGGCGCAUUAUUACUCGCCUGGUCUUUACUGUCCGGCUGAUUGGGUUACUGUUGGUGUUGCGUCUUGGGAUGGGGAUGGGGAUAAGUCGUUGAUUACUUCGGGGGUUUUGGCGCCGCCGACGACGGCGGAGAUUGUGCAGCGGGAUGGGGAGGUGUUUCUGGGUAUUUUGGAUAAGAGUGAGACGGCUGUUAUUUGUUGUCCGAGGUCAUACUCAGCCGAUGUGCAAUACGGCUGCUGGUCCACGAUUUCAGAUUACAAACCCUCCUCGGCGUGUAACUGGGAAAUUCCCAAGGUGGAUUGGUUAGGCAGCUCAUCGAUAAAAACAACAAUAAACGGUACAGCGACGACAAGAUAUCUCCAAACGCUCGCCGGUACUUCCCCAUUCAUUGGACCGGCUACGACGACUUUUGAUGCCGAGGAUAAAAAGACCUUGGUUGGCAUGGCUGUUAAUCCUAUGUUAACUCUUAUUCAUAAGAAAGCUGAUUUUGAUGGUAUGUAA